GAAUAUUUAGGAUUAAAAUCUCACAAAAGUCAUUUGGAUAGUCAAGUCAGGAAGUAUGUUACCUGUUUAUAGCUUCAUUUAUUUUCCUUCUCUGGAGUUGUAAAGCCUGAAACUGAUGCAAAUGUGAAUAUUCAACCACUCCCUGAAGACUCCAGGGCAAAUGGGACUGGGAAGGAUCCAACAUCAUUCAAAUGGGCCACUGGUCUGGACUAUGUCAUCAGAGGAGAAGUUCAUCAUCCAUUUCAUUUUUUUCUUGUCAGACUUCAUCCGUUCAUUUCAGAGCACCUCUUCCUUUCUCACCUUUGAUUACUACUCUCUUUUUCACUUUGAGACUCAAAAUUUUUUCAACAAUGAAAAAUAAAACCGUGUUAACUGAGUUUAUCCUUCUGGGUCUAACAGAUGUCCCUGAACUCCAGGUGGCAGUUUUCACCUUUCUUUUCCUUACGUAUUUACUCAGCAUCCUUGGAAAUCUGACUAUCCUCAUACUCACCUUGCUGGACUCCCACCUUCAGACUCCCAUGUAUUUCUUUCUCCGGAACUUCUCCUUCUUGGAAAUUUCCUUCACAAACAUCUUCAUUCCAAGGGUCCUGAUUAGCAUCACAACAGGGAACAAGAGUAUCAGCUUUGCUGGCUGCUUCACUCAGUAUUUCUUUGCCAUAUUCCUUGGGGCCACAGAGUUUUACCUUCUGGCUGCCAUGUCCUAUGACCGCUAUGUGGCCAUCUGCAAACCUCUGCAUUACACCACCAUCAUGAGCAGCAGAAUCUGCAUCCAGUUGAUUUUCUGCUCUUGGCUGGGUGGGCUAAUGGCUAUUAUACCACCAAUCACCCUGAUGAGUCAGCAGGACUUUUGUGCAUCCAACAGACUGAAUCAUUACUUCUGUGACUAUGAGCCUCUUCUGGAACUCUCAUGUUCAGACACAAGCCUCAUAGAGAAGGCUGUCGUUCUUGUGGCAUCUGUGACCCUGGUGGUCACUCUGGUGCUAGUGAUUCUCUCCUAUGCAUUCAUUAUCAAGACUAUUCUGAAGCUCCCCUCUGCCCAACAAAGGACAAAAGCCUUUUCCACAUGUUCUUCCCACAUGAUUGUCAUCUCCCUCUCUUACGGAAGCUGCAUGUUUAUGUACAUUAAUCCCUCUGCAAAAGAAGGGGAUACAUUCAACAAGGGAGUAGCUCUACUCAUUACUUCAGUUGCUCCUUUGUUGAACCCCUUUAUUUACACCCUAAGGAACCAACAGGUAAAACAAGCCUUCAAGGAUAUGGUCAAAAAGCUUCUGAAUCUUUAAAGAAUUUAAGAAUUAUGCAUCACGGCAUUAUUCACAAUAGCAAAGAGUUGGAACCAACCCAAAUGUCCAACAAUGAUAGACUGGAUUAAGAAAAUAUGGCACAUAUACACCAUGGAAUACUAUGCAGCCAUAAAAAAUGAUGAGUUCAUGUCCUUUGUAGGGACAUGGAUGAAAUUGGAAAUCAUCAUUCUCAGUAAACUAUCGCAAGAACAAAAAACCAAACACCACAUAUUCUCACUCAUAGGUGGGAAUUGAACAAUGAGAACACAUGGAC